CAACUCUCACGCUCCUGACGUCUAUCUGUGUGUGUGUGUGUGUGAGUACGUGCACUGAAGACAAAGCAACACACACACACACACACACUCAGCAAGGAAGUCUUCACACAAAUGUCCAAAAUGGCCACCGUUAGCGCCUUUCUCCUGCUGGCGGUGGCAGCAGCUGUGGGCGGCGGGACGCUGGUGGCGGUCAAUACAGGCAUGGAUGUGGCGAGGGGACGAUCUGCUUUCCUCACCAAAGAGCAGCUGACCAUCAACGUGGAGGCCGACGCUCAGUGCAAAGUGGAGGUGGUCCUCAACGAGCCCGUCAUGCAACGAGUGGGCCGCCUCGCACCACAGGUGUUCGACUGCGACUUCCUGCCCCAGGAAGUCCAGUACCAACACCAUGGAAGUCCUCUGCUGGAUUGCGACUCUGUCUUGCUGCGGGUCUACAGGUUCACAUCUUCAGAGACUUGGGUGGAGAUGGUGGUUCUGCCGGUGCGUGUGGUGAAUUCUGGAUCCAGCCUAGUGGACUUGGGUAGUACUGGAUUGGUGGUCCCUGACUUCUACGCGCUGUCAAACGCCAUUGACAGCUCGGUGCUCACCAUCAGAACCAGAGGUGAUGCAGUAUGCACGGUACGACUGGUCAACUCCGGCGCUGGUGUGCUGGCUGUUGGGCAACUGGUAAGAGAGGACGACGCCGCUCAGAGGAAAGGUCGUGACGUGGUGGCAGUCUGCCCAGGAAACAAAGCCUGUGUGGGGGGUACCAAACAGGUCCCUUUCCUGAAAACCAGCUGCCAGGACUUCCUGAACUCAGGCCUCAAGUAUCAACACCUAGGCCCGCCAUCUCCUGAUAUCGAUUACAUCGCCAUCAGUGUGGAGCUGAGAGAGAAGGCUACCAGGGCACUGCUGGAGAUGGAGACACUGUGGUUACCGGUUCUGAUAAGUGGAGCCAUGCCCAACCAGCUGCCUAAGGCUGCCUUCAUGGCCUCCUUCAUCCUGGAAGUGGACCAGUUCAUCCUCACCCCGUUCACCACUGCUGCUCUGGAUGCCGAAGACCACGAGACCCCCAAAGACCACCUAAUGUUUAAUGUGACUGUCCCACCCCCUGAAGGCUAUAUCGCCCACUUGGACGACCACACCAAGCCCAUCGGGUCUUUCACAUGGUUGGACCUCCAUAACCUGAAGGUGGCCUACCAACCGCCCAACAGCAGCCGAGUGCAACGUAACAACAUGGAGGUGGUGUUCCAGGCCUUAGAUGGUUCUUUUGCAUCAAGCCCACCCAUCGUGGUCCACGUGUCUAUCAGAGCGGCAGAGACAAACGCACCCAGAGUGUCAUGGAACACGGGUCUGGACCUGCUGGAGGGUCAGGCCCGAGCAAUCACAUGGGAGCAGCUGCAAAUUGUGGACAACGACAACAUUGACGCCGUCUUCCUGGUGGCCGUGGAUGGGCCUCUUCACGGACGUCUCAGUGUGAAAGGCACGAAGGCCUUCAUGUUCCGAGUGCGAGACCUGAGGGAGGGUGUGGUGGUCUACCAUCACUCGGACAGCGACACCACCAGUGACCACAUCGUGUUUCGCAUCAGCGACGGCCGCCAUAGCAUCCGCCACAAGUUCCCCAUCAACAUUUUCCCCAAAGAUGACUCGCCACCUUUCCUGGUCAAUAACGUGGCCUUGGAGGUUCAGGAAGGGGGCGCCGUGAGGCUGCAGGAAUCCACACUUUUGGCGUCUGACCUGGACUCCAGCGAUGAUUACAUCCUGUACCAAAUAACCAUCUUCCCUCAGACUGGGCAGCUGGUCAAGAAGACCUCCCCCCAGGAGCCAGGAGUUCCUGUGGACAGAUUCCUCCAACGGGAUGUGCUCCUGGGUAAGAUCUACUACCAGCACUCAGGAGAGGAACACUUUGAAGAUUCAUUUGACUUCACUCUGUCGGACAGCCAGCAGCCGCCAAACCUCUCGCACACCUACACGGUGGUAGUGAGCAUUUUCCCAGUGGAGGACCAGCUGCCUGUGGAAGUUUUGGGAAGCAGCCGCCGACUGACGGUGAAGGAGACGGAAGUGGUUUACGUCACACGGUCCCACCUGCACUUCAGCCACACGGAACACCCGGACACAGAUCUUACAUACGUCAUCACUCACCCCUGCUUCAGCCCACUACAUCCCGAUUUGAUGGACUCCGGGCGUCUUUUCUAUACAGACAGUGGCACCCCAAUGAGGCGGGACCCAAUGGCGCCAGUAUUAAUGUCUUUCACGCAGCAUGCAGUGGACCAUAUGAAGGUAGCAUUCAUGCCACCAGUGGAGGACAUUGGUCCACACCCUCUCUUCGUCCAGUUCAUCUUCUCUGUCAGUGACCAUCACGGCGGCACAAUCUCCGGCCUACACUUCAACAUCACCAUCACCCCAGUGGAUGACCAGGCACCAGAGGUCUUCACCAACUUGCUGAGAGUGGAGGAAGGGGGCGGGGCCUUCGUAACAGAGGAGCACCUCUUGAUCCGGGACCGUGACAGCCUGGAGGAAGCACUGAGGGUGGAGCUUCAGCGGGAAGCCCGCCGAGGUCGUCUGGAGCUGCGAGGGCAGACCCUACGUCAGGGAGAGGGGUUCAUGCUGAGCGACCUGCGACGGCUCUCUGUCAGGUACAUCCAUGAUGACUCAGAAACCAACGAGGAUGACGUGGCUCUGCGGGUGACAGAUGGCGUCAACUCGGCUGAAGUCCUACUGUUGAUCCAGGUGCUGCCUGUGAACGAUGAGCCCCCUCAGCUGGGUGGGGGUCUGCGAGGCCAGCUUAGCUGCCAGGAAGGGGGGCGGGUUCAAGUGACGGCGGAUUACCUGUCGGCCACGGACCGGGACAGCGAGGAUGCUCGCCUGACCUACAUGCUGGCAAGGCGUCCUGGCCGAGGGGAGCUACAGAGGGCGGGGCUACCCGCAGACAAGUUCUCCCAGCAGGACCUGCUGCAGGGUCAUGUGUACUAUGUGCACACAGGAGGAGAGAUCGGACCACAGCCUGUGUACGACACAGUCACCCUCAUCAUCUCUGAUGGUGACGCUGGCGGAACGGACGGAUGUUGCCAUGGAGACGCCCCACCCGUCCCUCUCCAUGGUUCACUUCCCGUGUACGACCUCAACAUCACGCUACUUCCUGUCAACAACAAAGUCCCUACUAUCAUUCUGGCCGACUCCAUGUUGGCAGUGGACGAGGGCUCCUUCGCUUGUCUGUGUGUGGGGGUCCUGGGGGCCUCAGAUCCAGACACCCCCCCUGAACAGCUGACCUUUCACCUCGACACAAAACCUCUUCACGGCUUCCUGGAGAAUACGCUUCCAACUGCCGGCUCCGAGAAAAGCAACGCUGGGAUCCCCGUGGAAUCCUUUAGCCUGGACCACCUGACCUCUGGCUUCAUCAACUAUGUCCAGUCGGAGCACAAAGCGGCGGAGCCAACCAUAGACCAGUUGCUAAUUAGCGUGAGUGAUGGGCUGCAUCACUCCGCCCCUGUCCCCUUGUACAUCAUCAUCAAUCCGAUCAAUGACGAGGCGCCUUCUCUGCAGCUCGCCAACUUCACCGUGAAGGAGGGGGGCAUCAGGGAGCUGACCCCGUCCAUCCUGAACGCCUUCGACCUUGAUGCCCCCCCAGAUGUUCUCACUUUCACUGUGGUGGGACCGCCCACUCACGGCCGCCUGAUGAACGGCAUCCACGGUACCGACACAGGACGCUACAAAGACACGACCGCUGCCCUUGUAGUGACCUCCUUCACACUGCGCCAACUCAGAGAGGGCAUGAAGUUAGUGUACAUGCACGAUGACACAGAAACCCUGAAGGACGUGCUGAUGCUACGGCUGACAGAUGGCGUCCACGCGGUCGAGGGGACGAGUUGGGUCACCGUGCUGCCGCUCAACGACCACAAACCUCUGCUGCUCAAGAACGCCGGUCUGGAGGUGGAGUCUGGCGGCCACAGAGUAAUCUCCAGUGUGGUUCUGGAGGCCCAAGAUGUGGACACACCGUCUGACGGCAUCUUUUAUUUCCUCAAUGCGGCCACACGCUUUGGAAAACUGCAGUUGAAGACCGAAUGGGGUUGGACCGAGCUGGCAGCAGGUCAGAACUUCACUCAGGACGACGUGGACAUGAACCGCCUGUGGUACACCCACACCGCCACAAACGCCUCUGGGUUCAAAGGUCACGACAGCUUCCGUUUCAGCGUGAGCGACCUGGACAACGACAGUCCACCACAGAGCUUCUUCAUCGCCGUGCACACUGUGCACAAAGGAGACAUCUUGCUGGUGAGCGGGGAUGUGCGGCUGGUAGAGGGGCAGCGCGUGGUCCUCAAUACCGACUUCCUGUUGGCGUCGGACAAUGCCGGGCGUCCGGACGAGCUGGUCUACACAGUGACAGUGCCACCGAGCCAUGGCCUCGUGCACAGCGUGCGGCAGACAGGCGUGCCGCUGCGCACAUUCACGCAACUGGACGUAGCGGCUCACAGAGUGUGUUACACCCACGACAAUGACCACGCUCACCACAGCGACACCUUCAGUUUCAUCAUCACCAACGGCCACUCGUCACGCACUGGAAGUCUACAUUUCCACAUUGAGCUCAGUGACCGCAUCCCGCCGACACUGGAAAGAAAUACAGGUCUGGGCCUGCAAGAUGGCGCCACAGAGACCAUUACGGCUGACCACCUCCAAGUCAGCGACCCCGACACGCCCGCUGCCAACCUGAGCUUCUUGGUCACUCAACUACCGCGCUAUGGGCGCCUACUGCUCAAGGGGGUGCCACUGACCCCCCCGUUGACUUUCACCCAGAAAGAUGUGGACCAGCACCACCUGGCUUACCGGCACAGACUGGGCAGCCCGGCAGAGAUGGACAGGUUCUACUUUCUGCCCUCUGACGGAAACAACCGAGGUUUCCUGGAGUUUGGACAGCUGAGGGAGGAACCUACCGCCUUCAUCAUACAGGUGGAACAAGUGGACAGGUUGCCCCCAAGUUUGACCACCAGGGGAAGCCCCAGUGAGGUGGUGGAGCUGAGAGACGGGCGCUUUGUCAUCUUCAUCACCUCCAGACAUCUGCAAGCGGCUGAUCCUGACAGCCCAGUGGAUGAGCUGCAGUUUUCUGUCAUCAGACCUCCGCACUUCGGCUACCUGGAGAACACGCUCACAGGAGCUUACAUCAAAGGGCGUUUCACGCAAAGAGAUGUGGAGCGCCGCUCGGUGGUCUUUGUCCUCCCCACCGACAUGGAGGUGACAGCAGACAGCUUCCAGUUCGGCCUCAGUGACCCGGCUGGCAACGCAGCACUCCCUGAAACACUGGAGCUAUCCUGGUCCAUAGUCCAGCUGUCGGCCACCUGCUACCGGACCUGCGAGACCGCAGGAACGCUUCAGGUCCAGAUCCAGCGCAGCGGGAAGAGCAGUGAGCCAGCUUAUGUGGCCAUCCAGGUGGAGGACGGGACCGCCAAACUUGGCCUGGAUUUCACACACAGCACAGCCGGACUCAUCCAGUUUGACCCAGGUGUCACCAUGAAAACUUGGAACAUUUACCUGAAAGAUGACGGUCUGGAGGAGAACCAUGAGAUCUUCACGGUCACUCUGAAGAAUCCAAAGAAUUCAGUCCUGGGACAGAGGACCUCAGCCAAUGUGGAGAUCAUCGACCCGAGAGGAGGAAGAUGUGACCCCGGCGACCUGAGCGUGGAAGAAGACACUCGCCAGCCCACUUCUACUAUCUCUGCUCCUCUCCCACAAGUGGAGGAUGACCUUGUUACAGAUAUCGAGGCAGAGCUUCUUUGGGAGAACCAUCCUCACCCUCCUCGCGGCGAUGUUCCUGACCGCAAUCACUACCCAGAGGACCAGGCGGUCCCUGGCGAUGCCCCCUCUGGUGGUCAGAGGCAGAAAGUUGCUGGGAAUUCUGGGAGUACUGGAAUCAAGGUGCAUCUGUCAGCAGGACCUAGGCUGGACCAGAAAGUCUGGACAUUCCACAGUCUGACUCCUCUGUGGCUGGAGGAGGUGACACCAAGGGGCGCUAUGGAGCCCAGCUCGCAUGAGCGACGCCAAGGAAACAUCCCUCAGCUGGAUAAUACAGGAACCACGCAGAAGGCGGAACUACGCCAGCGCAAAAAAGGGAGGUCCAUAAGCAGCGUCUGUGAAGACGGUUGGACUCACCACAAGGGGCGCUGUUACCUCGCUAGCUCCUCUGUUAGCAGUUGGGCCAGCGCCGAGCGCACAUGUUCUUUCCUGUUUAACAGCAGCCUGGCAAGCAUUCGGUCCAGACGGGACCUGACAUGGUUAUGGAAGUUUAGCGGGAAGAAGCCAUUUUGGAUCAGUCAGACUGGAAGUUCGGGUGUUGGAAUGUUGCUGCCAGGACCAGACGAGCCUGACACUGCCACCGAGUGCGUGCUGGUCGAACAGGCCUCUCGGUGGACAUCGACAAACUGCAGCGCCGAAACUGAACACGCAUUCAUUUGCUCCUCGCCUGCAAGCACGCACUAAACAUUAUGAUUUUCUUAUUCAAUGGCGCUGCUUUUUUCAUAAGUGAUGUAUGCUGAAAGACACCUGUACACUAAGUACUAACAAUACA